AUGAGGGCUGCCCCCCCGCUGCUGCUGCUGCUGCUGCUGUUAGUCGCCCUCAUCCCCACCGUGGCUGGAGGGAAAAACAAAGAGAAAAACAAACCCUCCCAGUAUGGGUCAGAAUGCACCGACUGGCGCUAUGGCAACUGUGUGCCUAGCAACGGAGACUGCGGAGCAGGAUUUCGAGAGGGGUCAUGUGACCAGCAGACCAACACGAUGAAAUGUAAAGUACCAUGCAACUGGAAAAAAGACUUUGGAGCUGACUGUAAGUAUCGGUUUGGAAGUUGGGGGCAUUGUGAUCCGAGCUCCGGCUCGAGAACCCGGACGGGCACAUUGAAGAGGGCUCUCUACGACGCAGAGUGUCAACAGACUAUUUCUGUCUCCAAACCGUGCCAGGGAAAACCGAGAGAGCAAACAAAGGCCCGACUGACGAGUUCACAGCUGGAGGUCCCUCAGUCUCCGUCCAGGAGAAGGAACUCCUUGGCCUCAGCUGCAGUCACAAGCAGUUAA